AUGUUGACGUCAAGAAAAGCUUUGGAGUUUGAGUCUUGGGAACCAGAGGAAGAUUGCACUCCUGGUGCUCCAGUGCUUCCGCUUGGCAGCUUCGGUUACAGCAUACCAAAGGAGUUGGUCAUCUUGUCAAGCGAUGAUGACGAUGAUGCGCAAACAGCAGUGGACAUUGGUCACAUCACUCGCUACAUUGGUGAAAGAAAAAACGGAGAAGCAAGUACAAGCGUGAAGCUGGAGGACAAACCACAGUCAGGCUCCGGUGGAAAUUUAAAGAGAAAAAAUGAAUCUGAAGCGAUGAGAGAAUUUAGUUCCAGUGAUGACGGAGAAAGUAAAGGAGUUCGUGAAUGGGAUGAGAGCAGUGAUUCGACAUCCAAUGAGGAAUAUAACACCGUUGGAAAAAAUGCUAAACGAUACCCUAAACACUUGUGGAACAAAGUUGAAGUGGAGCGAGUGAAAACGAUUCCUGGAAAUAUUGAUGGUCUGCGAGUAUACGAGAUCACCAAAUCUGGAGAAGCGAUGACGAAAACGUCGAUGGUAAGAGAUGGAAGAAAGUGGAAGAAAUCCUCACAGACUCGCUGGGUUGGCUAUGACAACGUGCGCUACUCCGAUUGCUCUGGAUCCUAUAUGUGCACAAAUUCCGCCUGCGAGUUUAGAAAGGAAUACGGCGUUAUAAACAAAACACAUUUCGAUAGAAAAAAGAAUUGCAGCGUAUGUGGAAGUGCAGGAAAGUAUGUAAAAUGUGAUGCGAGGCGUUACAUCGCAUCGUGCGGCAAGAAGACACGGGUCUAUCAUUGUGGAAAGCAUACUUGUCCCACAACGAACGUUGAAUUCAAAGAUGGUGUAAAGGAAGAAGUUAGCAGACAGCUGCAUGAAAACCCAAACCUUACUCCUUCACAGAUACAAAGCAAUCUCAUUAUUUCAAAAAUGAAGCAAGGUGCAGAUUGGGACACGGUGGAGAAAACAGCGUCUGCCGUCACUGACAAAAAAUCGAUUUCGAAUGAAAAGCAAAAAGUAAAAGCGUCAAAUGAACCGCAUGGGCAUAAUUACGAAGCAGUUGCUCACUUCAAACAAUAUGCUGACAAACGUGAUCCUUUUUACGUGUACUCGAUCAAUGAUAGGCGUGGCAAUCCUAAUAAACCUUCGCUAGUCUUUAAAUCCAGCACAUUGAAAGCUCAGUUUGCUUUGAAGAUGGAUCGAACUAAGGACAAUGCAUUAAGUGAGGAAGUUUGUUUCUUCGAUGGGAAGGUUAGUAGAUGCAAGGGUUUUGUUUCUCUUACGGCCAGUGUGUAUCAUCCGCUGCUGCAGAGAGUUGUUCCACUGGCAACAAUGGAAUGCGAAGCCGAAGACUCUCUUUCCGUUGAAUAUUUUUGGAAAUGCUUCAAUGAAGUUCUUCAGAAAGUAAGUGGCAAAAAGGACUAUCUUUUUAACCCAUGCGGAUGGAUAACAGAUAUGGCGGGGGCCAAUAUGGAAGGCUUAAAAAGGGUGUUUGGAUCGGCUGUUCUCGAACAGGUAAAGACGUGUGAAUUUCAUUUUAAAGAGUGUAGGAAUCGCCAAUCACGGAAAUUCAACCAAGAAGUUCGAGGUCGUUUUUAAAUCACUCUGUAAUUCACUGCUCGAAGCUCGAUCUGCAACCGCCUACAAAAAGGCUAAAGAUGAUAUAGAUAACUUUAUUUCAGAAAGUCCAGACCGUUCGAGCUUGACUACCUGGAUAGAUUGGUGGGACAAAAGACGU